AGAAGAAGAAGGAAUCAUCGCGAGAGUUGACAUAUAUCAUUCAGCGGUCUCGAAAAAGCCUACUUACAUUUUAUUAUAAAUUGAUUAAAUGAAGCAUUCCAAAACUUUUAAUGGAAUACAAACACUAAAUGUAAAUAUGCUCAAAACUAAAACCAGCUAAUGGUUGUUGUUUUUAGGUUCAUAUACCGGUAGGUAGCAUGUUACUUUUAGCUAAAUGCUAACGACAGUUUCGCCGGUGGACACAUUUACUCUACUUGUAGUUUAUUUAAUAUAUUAUUAAUCAUGAAGUGUCAUUACGACGUUUUGGGAGUCAAACGGGAAGCAGAUGACGACGAUUUGAAGAAAGCCUACCGUAAAUUAGCCCUGAAAUGGCAUCCAGAUAAGAAUUUGGAUAAUGCUGAGGAAGCAUCCGAGCAGUUCAAGCUGAUUCAGGCAGCCUAUGACGUCCUAGGUGACCCCCAGGAGAGAGCAUGGUAUGACAAUCACAGGGAUGCUCUGUUGAAAGGUGGAGUAAGCGGAGACUACGAGGACGACAGCAUUAACUUGGUCCAGUUCUUCAAUGUCACAUGUUACUCCGGUUUCGGGGAUGACGACAAGGGCUUCUUCACAGUCUACAGGAAUCUCUUUGAGGACAUUGUGAAAGAGGAGAUGGAGUGUGGAAGAGCGGAUAGUGAUGAUGAUGAGGAGGAGUUUCCGCCCUUUGGGGAUUCUCAAAGUGACUAUGAUACAGUGGUACACGUCUUUUACGGCUACUGGCAGAGCUUUUGCACGCGCAAAAACUUUGCCUGGAAGGAGGAGUACGACACCAGGCAGGGGUCCAACCGCUGGCAGAAGAGAGCCAUGGAGAAAGAGAACAAGAAAACCAGAGACAAGGCUCGGAAGGAGCGCAAUGAGCUUGUGCGCCAGCUGGUGGCCUUUGUCCGCAAGCGCGACCGUCGGGUACAUGUGCACCGCAAGCAGGUGGAGGAGCGCAACGCCGAGAAGAGCAAAAAGGUGGAGGAACUGAGGCGCAAGCAGAAGCUCAGUCAGGCUAAGUUGGCGGAGGAGUACAAGGAGCAGAGCUGGGCCGCCAUGUCGGAGCUGGAGAAUGAGCUGCAGAAGAUGGAGGCUCAGUACGGGGAAGUGUUUGGAGACGUGUCGGAGAGUGAAAGCGAAGAGCUGGAGACUUUGGAGAAAGGACUUGGAGACCAACCAGAUGCAGACAACAUCAACCUCGACUACUACGAUGAUCUUUACUGUCCAGCCUGCGACAAAUCCUUCAAAUCGGACAAAGCUAUGAAAAACCAUGAGAAAUCCAAAAAACACAAGGAAAUGGUUGCGUUGUUGCGGCAACAGCUGGAAAAUGAUGACUCACGCGCUGUGGCCCUGGAUGAGCAAGAGAGUGACGACAGACAGGAAGAAGAUGAGGAUGAGGAAGACACACAAAGACAAAGGUUGUCCAAGAAGCAAAAGAAGAAGAAGAGGCAACAGAAAGUAGCAAAUAGUUUUCCAGUGGAGGAGGAUGUGGAAAAGGAGGCACCGACAACAGAUGUUAAAGACCCCGCUGAAGAUACUACUGAGACGUGUCCGAGCCCCGCAGAGACUGAGAAGGAGAAACAUCUUCCUCCUCCCACUGAAGUCACGACCUCUGUUAAUACCAAGCCAAAAAAGGCAGGAAAAGACAAAUCAAAGAACGUCAACUCAUCACAUCUAGGAGGAGAUCAGUUUACUGAGACACCCAUAAACCUCUGCUGUGUGACCUGUAAUGGCGAGUUCCCUACAAGAAACAAGCUUUUUGACCAUCUGAAGUCCAGUGGCCAUGCCUCCGCUCUCUCAUCGAAUGGCGGUCCAGUCUCGGUCAGCAAGAGCAAAAAGGACAAACGGAAGAAUAGAUGACGCAAUUUGAUCCAGGGAAGAGUUGGACUCAAGACCGAAUGAACUAAUGACUGCAGUUUGAUGCAAAGUAGCUUUCCCAUGACUCUACAGCCCAGCAUGAAUGGGCUCGUAAUUCCCAUCCAUUCCUCAAGCAAUGGUGUCUAAUGUGUAUAGUAGCCUUUCACUUGGCUAGCACAUAAAAGAUUAUUAAAACCUGGAUUAUUCUCAA